AUGGGCAAAGAAAAGGAAAAACGAAAAGAUAAAGAAACAAAAAAAAACUGGAAAAUUGGGACAUGGAACAUUAAAAGUAUACAAGGUAAAGAAAAUGAAUUAGAAGAAGAGUUUGAAGAGUUAGGUCUUGACAUUUUGGCGAUAACAGAAACUAAGAAAAAGGGACAAGGGAUAACAAAGUUAUACAACAAUAAUAUAUUAAUUUUUAGCGGAGUAAAACUAAACGAAAGAGCAGCUGCUGGAGUCGGGUGUAUAAUACACAAGAAAUUAAAGGAGGAAAUAGAGGAAUGGCAGGCUUGGUCGGAAAGAAUACUAACAGUUGCAAUAAAGAACAAAAAGAAAAACAUACUAAAAACAAUCAUUAUAGUCUAUGGCCCCAAUGAGAAUGAUACAAAAGACAUAAAAGACAAAUUUUGGGAAAAAUUAUCACUAGCAACAGAAGGAUCUAGGGGAGAAUUGUAUAUAGCAGGAGAUUUUAAUAGCAGAGUAGGAAGAAAAGAUCAAACAUACAAUACAGUGAUAGGUGAUUAUGGAGAAAAUACAAGAAACAACAAUGAACCGAAAUUAAACUUUAAAAUGGGAACCAAAAGAGGAAUUUGGCUGCUAGAAAAGUUGCCUAGUGAUGAGUUUUUAGGAGCGCGGCUCCCUUCAAAGGAACCAGUACUUUUAGUUUUUAUUUACCAUCACAAGGAAAUGAAAGAAACACUUUCGGGUGCUGCUAAAUCUACCAGUACUAAACUACAGGAAGUGUGGAGGAAAGCAAAUAUUCCUGUUAAGACGGAGGAGAAUAUCCGAGCUGGUAUACAGAAACUGUACAAAGAAUACAGAAAUAUGGGUAAAGAGAAAUCAAGAAACACGGAUAAAGCAAAUGUGAGAAGGCAGAUUUGGAAAGGUGACCUCGUCGACGUAUCACAAGAAGAUAAAGAAUUUCUUAGGUCACAAAGAGAAGAUCACAUGAGUUCGUCAAUGGGUGGAGUAGACAAGGUUUUCGCCUCGAAAUUAAGUACUAAGUGUAGAAAAGAAGAAAAAAAAGAAUCAUAUAAGAAUAAACAUUACAAAGCUAUCACUGAAAUUAAUAAAACAGUAAUAAUGAAAGACUUAUCUUCAUCAUCAUCAGCACCAAGUAACGAAGAGGCCGAGUUACGUUCAAUUCCUAGAUUAAAACCUCUUGAUCAGACACUUACGUCCACUUGGGAUCGAGAACAGCUCUCUAUUAGACAAGCAAGUACUUCAUUUAUAGCAACUGCAAAGAGCCUUGGCCACGAUGUUUCAAAAAUUUCCGUCUCUCCAUCUACCGUUUAUCGAGCUCGGGCAAUCAAUAGAAGAAAAAUGGCAAAGAAAAUCGAAGAGUCACUCUUUGAAAAUCCCCCUUAUUUGGUCUUGCAUUGGGAUAGUAAACUGUUGCCCUCAGUUGCCCAUAGAAGUGUCAAAACUUUGGAAGAUAGAGUUGCAGUUCUAGUGAGUGGCAAAGAUUUUGAGCAUUUGCUUGGCGUACCUGUUGCCAUGAAAGGCACUGGUGAGCAGAUGGCUGAAGUAGUUAUUCGGGAAGUGGACCGAUUUGGGCUACGUGACAAUAUCAUCGGUAUAUCUUUUGAUACUACAGCAUCUAAUACAGGACUGAUCCAAGGGGCAUGUACCAGAAUUGAAAGGGAAUUCGGACGAACAUUGUUGUGGUUGGCUUGCCGUCAUCAUACCCAUGAACUAAUAAUAAAAGGAGUGUUUGAGGAGUGUUGUAGCGUACCAUCAAGUGGUCCGGAAAUCCAAAUUUUUCAAAAGUUUAAAACUUUGUGGGCUUCACUUGAUAAGAAGUCAUAUACGACAAUGCUGGAUGAAGAAAGUCCCGUUCAAGGCUUUCUAGAGGAACAACGAGUGAAAAUGGUUAACUACAUACAAAAUGUCCUAAAAGACGGAAGUCAUCCAAGAGAAGACUACAAAGAGUUAUUACAACUCUCACUUCUGUACCUAGGGGGUUGGUCCAAACACGACUUCAGUUUCAGGGUCCCAGGGGCUCUGCAUCAAGCAAGGUGGAUGGCAAAGGCAAUAUAUGCACUUAAAAUUGUUCUCUUCACUACACAGUUGAAUAUUCCCCAACGAGAAUUGAACGGAAUGAAACAGGUUGCACAUUUUGUCAGCCUCAUAUAUGUUCGCUUUUGGCACGAGGCAAUUGUUAGUCGAUGGGCUCCAAAAAAUGAUUUGGAUAUGCUACAGCUUCUGAGUACUUACCCAGACGCAAACGUCAGAAAAAGUGCUCUCACAGUUGCUAGGAGACACCUUUGGUAUCUGUCGGAAACAAACGUAGGAUUAGCUUUUUUUGACGAACGUAUUACUCAUGCUGUUAAGGAAAAUAUGACUAAAUAUUUAGAAACCAAACCUGCAAAGAAAAAGGAAAUGAAACGAUUAGAGGAUUGUCGUCGUUGUCGUAAAAACCGCAUACUGCAAAUUGUGUCAAGCUUGGACUGGACGAAAAAAUACUGCCGUGUACAAAGAGUGGAAAGAAAAUCUGCUGAAAAAAUAGAGGUCGAUGCCAUAAUCGAAGUGUUUCAACGAUCCAAAACUCUGCACGAGGUAAAAUACGCGAAUUACAUUGGAGACGACGAUUCUAAAACUUACAAUGUACGAAGGGCUGAUGGUAUAAAAAAGAGUGCAUUGGGCAUGUGCAAAAAAAAAUGA